AUGGGCUCAACAUUAGUCGAAACAAUCAAUAUUAAUGCUAAAGAUUUUACUGAACACUUUCUAACAUGUUCAACAUGUAUCAAUCAAUUCUCAUCGGAUUCCCGUGAUCAUCAACCAAAAUUAUUACCAUGUUCACAUACGGUUUGUCGACAGUGUUUAGAACGUAUUGUAAAUUCCCAACCAAGAUCCGAUGCCAUUAAAUGUCCAAUCUGUCGGGAACAUAUAUUAUUACCCAGAGGUGGUGUUACUUCUUUUCCGCCAUCAUUUAUCGUCAAUCAAUUACUUGACUUGAUGCUUCGAUUACGUCGUGACGUUAUUCCUAAAUGUAAUUUACACUCGAAUGAAGAAUUAUUAUUUUGUGAAACAUGCGAUAAGAUUUUUUGUCAAUUAUGUGAUCAACAUCAAAUAUCAGCUGAACAUACAAUUGUACCAUUUUCAUUAGCUAUUAAACGCAUGAAUGAAAUUUUAUUUUUCAAAGCAUCCAAAACUAUUAACUGUUUGGAUCAUGCACUUGAAGUUGUUAACAGUGAAAUCAUGCGACUUGACAGUAGUAUGGAAAAGGCUGCUGAAGCAGUAAAUCGAUCAUUUAAUGAAAUAAAAAGUUAUGUAGAAAAUCGUCGAAAUAAUUUAUUACAAUCACUUAAAAGAACAAAAGAUCAUAAGUUGACAGUUUUAAAUGAUCAAUUAAAUGUUAUAACAAAUGAAAAAAGUAAAAUUGAACAUGAAUGUGCUGUAUUUCAACAAGCAUCGGAUAUUCAUAUAUUAACUCAACGCAUUCAAGAAUUAAACGAUCGUAUUGAACGUAUGUCACUUUUAGGUGAACCACGAGAAAAUUCAUUUAUGAAAUUUGAAUUUCGACAUAAUCAAGCAUUACAAGAUUUAGCACGUUCAUUAAAUAGUGUUGGUCGUAUACGCGUAUCAUCCACAUAUCCGCCUUUGUGUACAGCAAAAAUUGAACCCGCUGUUGCUAAUCUUCAGUGUGCUAUUCAUAUUGAAACAGUUGAUUAUAAUGGAAAUAUACGUAUGGAUGGCGGUGAUCCAUUAACAGUUAACAUUUAUGAUCCAUAUAGAAAAUUAUGUGAAUAUAACUUUCAUGAUAAACAAUGUGGAACAUAUACCAUUAUAUUUCGUCCAUUGAUAAGUGGAAAUCAUAAAAUUGAUAUAAGAAUAUUUGAUCGACCUAUAUCAGGUUCACCGUUUGUUGUUCAUGUAACUCAACAUAAUAAUCCAUUAUGGUCAUUUGGUAAACGAGGUCGUGGUGAAAAUGAAUUAUCAAUGCCGGUGAGUGUCAUUGUUAAUGAUUGUACAGAACGAGAACAAGUGGUGUAUGUACUCGAUCCGGGAAAUAGUCGAAUAAAAUGUCUAACACAUGAUGGAAAACUCAUGGGACAUCUUGCAACUGAUUCUCUUCUUGAACCUACAAGUACCGGUCUAGCAUAUCGUUCUUCCACAUCAACAUAUUAUCUUCUUGAUUGGAAAAGUAAAUUAAUAAGUGCAUUUUCUUUAACAAAUUCUGAUACAUCAUUAAUGGAAAAUAGUCAGAUUAAUAUAAAUCAUCAAAUCACCUGCUCAGCGUUUAAUGAACCUGUACAAAUAGCUUUGUUUAAGCAGCAUCUUCAUUCUUUACUUAUAUGUGACAGCAAUACAUUAUUAAUUAUUGAUAGUCGUACAGGUGAUUUAAUACAUAAAAUUGAUCCACGUUCAUUAGGUAUUAAAACUAUAAAAGCAUUCACAAUCGGCUUGCAAGAUGAAAUUAUUAUUGGUGAUCAUCAUUUGCAUAUUUUAUCUUACGAAGGAAAAUAUUUACGACAGAUAGUUUCUACAAAACAACAACAAAUUGUUGAUGUCGAUAUUCAUAUUGCUCAUCAGCCACCCGAUCUUAUACCAACAUAUUACAAACAACAACAGUCGCUAGCAGCGAAUUCUGAUGAAUCGACAUCUUCAAAUAGUUUAGCAUCGAAAGGAGGAUUUUAUACGGCACUAUGUGUAGAUGUCAAUGGUCUUUUAUUGGCGGGAAAAUGUGGAAAAGAUGGAAUUGCUCAUAUUGAAAUCUAUAAUAAUCAUGGUCAUCUAUUACGUAUGAUUGAUUCACACAGUCAACGUUUGCGAAGACCAUGUUCAUUGGCCACAACACGCGAUGGGUGUGUACUUUGUGUUGAUUUAACAACAGAUUCAGUACGAAAAUAUCGAUAUACUUGA